AUGAAAGGACUAAGAAAACUUAGGCAGCAUAUUAUUACACUGUGCAGUGCUAUUCUGGCUGUGCAGUGCUAUGCUGUGCUGGCUGUGCAAUGCUGUGCAGUGCUGGCUGUGCUGUGCUGUGUUGGCUGUGCUGGCUGUGCAGUGAUGUUCUGUGCUGUGCAGUUCUGUGAAGUGAUGUGCAGUGCUGUACUGGCUGUGCUGUACUGCGCAGUGCUGGCUGUGCUGUACUGUGCAGUGCUGUGCUGUGCUGCGCUGUGCUGUGCUGGCUGUGGUGUGCUGUGCUGUGCAGUGAUGUGCUGUGCAGUGAUGUGCUGUGCUGUGCAGUGCAGUGCAGUGCUGGUUGUGCUGUGCUGUGAUGUGCAGUGCAGUGCCGUGCUGUGCAGUGCUUGCUGUGAUGUGCAGAGCUGUGCUGUGCUGUGCAAUGCUGGCUGUGCUGUGCAGUGCUGGCUGUGCUGUACUGCACAGUGCUGGCUGUGCUGUGCUGUGCAGUGCUUUGCUGUGCUGUGCUGUGCAGUGAUGUGCUGUGCAGUGAUGUACUGGCUGUGCUGUGCAGUGCAGUGCAGUGCUGGCUGUGCUGUACUGCGCAGUGCUGUACUGUGCUGUGCAGUGCUUUGCUGUGCUGUGCAGUGCUGUGCUGGCUGUGCUGUGCAGUGCGGUGCAGUGCGGUGCAAAAUGAAUUUAGCAGCCAGAGAAAGACAUUACAUGAAAGCUUAG